UCGAGACCACACAUGCACAGCCACUACACAAACAAUGCCAAGCUCUCAGGUGCCCGGUGUGGGCGCUAAUUUCACUGAUGUACCCUGGGAGCCUGACCUCACCAGCUCCAUUCAUGACCCAGUCUGGUCCUCCACUACUAACAGUGUCGUGAAGAUGUUGCUCAUAUCACUCAUUGUUUGUGUGUCCCUGUUUGGCAACGUGGUGGUCUUAUUGGUGUUCCAGAGGAAGCCUCAGCUCCUCCACGUAGCCAACCGCUUCGUCCUCAACCUCCUCCUUGCAGACCUUCUACAGACAGUGUUAGUGAUGCCUUUUGCCAUCGCAGCCACCGUGCCGGGCGUGUGGCCCCUGGAUGCCCGACUGUGCCAGGCUCUGGUGGUGCUCAUGCACCUUUUUGCAUUCGCUGGAGUCAACACCAUCAUAGUUGUCUCUGUGGAUCGCUACCUGGCCAUCAUCCACCCUCUGUCCUAUCCUACCCGAAUGACCCCUCACCUGGGCACCAAUCUGAUCAUCUGCACGUGGGUGCUUAGCUUUCUGCAGAGCACGCCGCCCCUUUACGGUUGGGGGUCCAUUGACUUUGACCGCCAUCACAAUGUAUGCUCUGUGGUGUGGUCCUCCAGCCUGUCCUACUCUGCGGUGGUGUCCGCUUUCUCCUUCUGGCUGCCCGUGCUCGUCAUGCUCGGAUGUUAUUGGAUGGUUUUCAGGGCAGCUCGGAGGCAAAACGCCCUUGUGCACCCCAUACAGACACAGUCCUACUCCCAGCCCUGCCCGCAGGACUUCCCAGCCCCCAGCAGUCCACAGCGGCAGUGCCAGCCUCAACCUCAACUCCAGCCGCAACCUCAGCAGUCCAGUUCCCCUGAUGGCCCUUACUCAGUACGGGGCUGUCCGGUUAGAGUACGACAGAGACGCUUCCACUACCACUGCAAGGCAGCUCGGGUAGUUUUCGUCAUCAUGGCAUCAUACAUCCUCAGCAUGGGGCCUUACAGCAUACUGAAUACAAUCUCUAUGAGUGCUAGGGCAGCAGUACCACCCUGGCUGUCCUCUCUCGCCCUUGUGCUCUUCUUCUUGCAGUGCUGCCUCCACCCGUACAUUUAUGGCUACAUGCAUCGCAGCGUGAGGAAAGAAUUCCUGGCUUUGCUGUGUGGCCUGUUCUGCAAACAGGGCCGUCCCAGACAGAGCUCCACCGGGGAGAGCUGCUUCACCACUGCAGAGGGACGUUUACGGGCUAGCUCUCACCUGCCAAGCCUGACCGCCCGAGUCUUACCUCUGCGGACUUGGGAGGAAUGCACAACGUCAUCCUCCCCUACCUGUGAGAGGAAGUCGAGGGACAGCCGUAAAGAAACUAUCUCUACCAGCAUCAGCUCUGAGAGGGAGCUAACAGUCCACAGCAAACAGAGCACAUAG